AUGCUGAAUAUUUUCUCAAAAAGUGUAAACUUGCUUGUUUCAUCUUCAGCAAAGCAGUACAGAUGCAUAGCUUCGCUUUCGGCAUUACCUGACACAUAUCAAAUGUUGUUUAAGACCUGCAGAGAUUUUGCUGAAGGAGAGUUAAAACCCAAUGCUGCUAAAUAUGAUAGAAAUCAUCAAUAUCCUGCUGAGGCUAUUAAAAAAAUGGGUGAACUUGGUCUAAUGGCAAUAGCUACUCCGGAAGAGUUGGGAGGGUCUGGUUUAGAUUAUCUGGCAUAUUCUAUAGCUUUAGAAGAAAUAUCAAGGGGCUGUGCUUCAGCAGGAGUGAUUAUGUCUGUAAAUAAUUCAUUAUACCUUGGUCCUGUCAUGCAAUGGGGUACCGAUAAACAGAAAAAGGAUUUUGUAACACCUUUUUGUAUGGGAGAUAAUGUUGGAUGCUUUGCAUUGUCAGAGCCAGGGAAUGGAUCAGAUGCUGGAGCUGCAUCUACUACUGCCAAAGAUGCAGGAAAUAAAUGGAUUCUUAAUGAUUGUGAGAUACCAAAGGACAGUAUUUUGGGAGAGCCAGGUUUCGGAUUUAAAAUAGCUAUGAUGACAUUAGAUGCAGGCAGAAUUGGAAUUGCAGCACAAGCGUUAGGUAUAGCUCAGGCAUCCUUAGAUGUGGCUGUAGAAUAUGCAUCUAAAAGAAUAGCAUUUGGCAAACCUAUUUCAAAAUUGCAAGCCAUCCAGAACAAGCUUGCAGAUAUGGCACUAAACUUAGAAUCUGCCAGACUGCUCACUUGGCGUGCGGCUUGGUUAAAAGAUAACAAAAAAUCGUUUACAAAAGAGGCAGCUAUGGCUAAGUUAGCAGCAUCAGAAGCUGCUACAUUUUUAUCACAUCAGUGUAUUCAGAUUCUCGGGGGAAUGGGUUAUGUGACAGAUAUGCCAGCAGAAAGACAUUAUCGCGAUGCUAGAAUCACUGAGAUAUAUGAAGGGACCUCAGAAAUUCAAAGACUUGUUAUUGCCGGACAGAUUUUGAAAGAGUAUGGAUUGUAA